ACCCUCAAUCCCUUCACCAAAAAACACAUCAAAUCCCCCCCUCCCCCAAGAAAAGUGUUCAAUCCGGUCAGGUACCAACACAAAUUGAACUUGGCACCGUAAGAAGGAAGAUCGUAGCCAUUGUCGUCCAGUUUCUUGAGUUCUCUGUUGCACUCUGUGUUUCAAGUAAAGAAACAGAAAGAAGAUAGACAUGGAAGAAGAAGUGUUAGAUAAAGCCGUCUUUAUGUAUUUGAAGAAAAAGGGAUUUACCCAAACUGAACAGAUUUUUCAACAAGAACAGCAGAGCAAGAACAAGAACUCCAGCUCAUCUAUUAAUGCUACUGAUGUCUCCCUGUCAGACCCAGAUCUUGCCAAACAAAUCCUCACCUUUUCCCAGUCAGAAAGUAUCCCUGCAUUGUACCAUGAUGGAUAUAGCAAGUUGAGGUCGUGGACUUAUAGCUCGCUAGAUUUGUACAAGCAUGAAUUGCUUCGUGUUCUCUAUCCAGUAUUUAUCCACUGUUUCAUGGAUCUUAUAGCGAAAGGUCAUCUUCAAGAAGCUCGGACAUUUUUUAAUAGCUUCCGUGAAGAUCAUGAAAUGAUGCAUUCACGUGACCUCACAAAAUUGGAAGGUGUUCUUUCUCCAUCUCAUCUGGAGGAGAUGGAGUUUGCUCAUUCUCUAAGGCAGAGCAAAGUGAAUAUAAAGAUAUGCCAGUAUUCUUAUGAGCUUCUUCUGCAAUAUCUACACAAGACACAAUCAAUUACGAUGCUUGGCAUUAUCAAUGAGCAUAUUAACUUCCAAGUUUCUCCUGGACAGCCUAGCUCAAUUUCUGAUGAUGCUGAAGCCUUUUCACUUGUUGGGAGUGGCCAGGAUGCUGCUAACUUAAUAAAUCAGAAAGAAAUACAUUGGGGGUUGCUCGAAGAUUCGUUAGAAGAGCGGCUUGAUAAAGCAGGGGGGUUGCUCUCGGAUUCAGAGAAGACAGAAGGAGAUGCCAAGGAAGGGGAUUUGGAUGAGAACAAGAAAAAAUCAACAGAGGGUGGAAAGCAAGGUGGCCCACUCAAGAAGUUAAAGAAGGACAAGGUUGCUGGUGCAGCAGGGAAAGGUGCUCGAGGUGAGGGUGAGAAGGCAUCUGCAGCACCACGUGUCAAACCUGAGCUUACUUUGCCGACAAUACCAACAGAUGUUGAACAUUCUAUUCUGGAAGACCUUCGAAAUCGUGUACAAUUGAGCAAUUCGACACUUCCGUCAGUUAGUUUCUAUACAUUCAUUAACACACAUAAUGGAUUAAAUUGUUCAUCAAUAUCCCAUGAUGGAUCAUUGGUUGCUGGAGGAUUCUCAGAUUCAUCGUUGAAGGUGUGGGACAUGGCAAAACUUGGGCGUAUGGGCAGUUCUAUGUUGCAGGGUGAAAAUGAUUCGGCUCCCAAUGAGAACACACUUGGAUCAAAUGGUGGAAAAAGAUCUUACACUUUGUAUCAGGGUCAUUCUGGACCUGUUUAUUCAGCCUCAUUUAGUCCUUUGGGGGAUUUUCUUCUAUCAUCAUCAUCAGAUUCAACAAUUCGACUAUGGAGCACAAAGUUCAAUGCAAACAUCGUCUGCUACAAGGGCCACAACUACCCUGUAUGGGAUGUUCAGUUUAGUCCAUUUGGACAUUAUUUUGCAAGCGCAUCUCAUGACAGAACCGUGAGGAUUUGGUCAAUGGAUAGAAUACAGCCUCUAAGGAUACUGGCAGGACACCUCUCUGAUGUUGAUUGUGUACAAUGGCAUAUGAACUGCAAUUACAUCGCAACUGGAUCCAGUGACAAGACUGUUCGGUUGUGGGAUGUGCAAAGUGGGGAAUGCAUUCGGAUUUUCAUUGGUCAUAGGAGUAUGAUCUUAUCCUUGGCGAUGUCACCUGAUGGUCGAUACAUGGCUUCUGGUGAUGAAGAUGGAACUAUAAUGAUGUGGGAUGUUUCUAAUGGACGUUGUGUCACUCCUCUCGUGGGCCACACGUCCUGUGUUUGGUCCCUUGCUUUCAGUUGUGAGGGAUCACUUCUUGCAUCUGGUUCGGCUGAUUCAACUGUCAAAUUAUGGGAUGUUAAUACAAGUGCAAAAAUGCCAAAAUCUGAAGAAACUAGAAGUGGAAAUACAAAUCGGCUCAGAUCACUGAAGACUCUGCCUACCAAGUCCACCCCAGUUUAUGCUUUAAGGUUUUCGCGAAGAAAUCUCCUUUUUGCUGCUGGGGCUCUUUCGACAAAUGUGUAAAGGGGCAUCGUAACAGGUGUGUUUUGGUUCUUAAUGUACCGUUUAACUUAUUUUUAGCUUGUAGUUCAGUAGACCUUAACAGUACAAGCAAAAUAGGAGCGAAGUGUUAAAAGUAGCAACUAUGUUGAAAUCACGAGUAGUCAAACUAUGUCGUAUAGAAGCUGUUUAAGGUUAUUUAGGCAGGGGACUUGCUGCAACUACUACUGAAAGUGAAUUAGAAUGAUCUUGUUUCACUUUUCUGGUA